GGUAUGGUCCAACGCGACGGGCCGGAAUGGAAACCUUGUUGUGCAGGUGUGCCCGUGUGUCCCCGUGGUGCAGCCGCGCGAGUGUGCUGCGGUGCAGCUUCUUCCGGGUGUCCGUCAGCAGGACGAGGGCCAGUGGCGGCGGUGGUGGUGGGGGUGUGCCCAUGGAGAAGCCGUCAUCGUCCGGCAGAGCGGCGCUGGAGGAGACAACGGGCCUGGUGGAGGAAGAUGAAGUGCUGAGAGGUGCAGAGGGUGGAGUGGUGGAUCCUCGGCCCCCGAGGAAGAGCAGCUCCUCCCGCUCCUCCCGCAAGAGCUUCCGCCUGGACUAUCGGUUGGAGGAGGAAGUGACAAAGUCCUGUCGAGACAAACAUGGCCGCUGGAUCAACCCCUGGUCCACAUGGCGUUUCCCUUCCCACUCGAUGCUGCUCAGGUUCCUGUUGUUUGACAAAAAUCACAGUAAUGUACCAACAAAUAAAGAGGCCCUGGACAGCGAGCUCCCGGUGAUGGAGCCGUUCUUCGUCCAGAACCCAGACCUCUCCGACUCCGGUCCAGGUCUGAGAGUCACCUGGCUGGGUCACGCCACGGUCCUUGUCGAAAUAGACGGACUGAAUAUCCUGACGGACCCGAUCUUCAGCCAGAGGGCGUCGCCGCUCCAGUUCAUGGGGCCCAAAAGGUACCGAGGGCCUCCCUGCACCGUGGAACAGCUGCCCAGGAUCGAUGCUGUCGUCAUCAGUCAUUCUCAUUACGACCAUCUGGAUGUUGGAUCUGUGGCCAGCCUUAACGCGCGCUUCGGAGGGGAGCUACGCUGGUUCGUGCCCCUGGGUUUGAUGGACUGGCUGGCGAGAAUGGACUGUGAGAAUGUGAUGGAGCUGGACUGGUGGGAGGAGAACUGCGUCCCGGGUCAUGACGACAUUACGUUCGUCUGUACGCCGUCUCAGCACUGGAGCAAACGCACUGCUCUGGACGAUAACAAGUCUUUAUGGGGCAGCUGGACUGUUCUGGGUCCCGAACAUCGAUUCUUCUUUGCUGGUGAUACCGGCUACUGUUCUUCCUUCCUGGAAAUAGGACGACGUUUCGGACCAUUUGACCUCGCAGCAAUCCCAAUCGGCGCCUACCUGCCCAGGGACGUGAUGCAGGGGCAGCACGUGGAUCCAGCUGAGGCUGUUCAGAUCCACCAGGACCUCCAGGCCAAACAGUCUGUGGCCAUCCACUGGGGGACCUUUGCUCUUGCACAUGAGUACUACAUGGAGCCGCCGGUUCAUCUCAGAGACGCCCUGGAGCAGAAAGGACUGAAUCCAAAAUCCUUCUUCACGUUGCAUCACGGUGAAUCACGCCUCAUAACUUCACAGGGAGGAGACGUCUUUGAGUGAUCUGAAUCACUGUCUGUAACAAAGAGCAGAACAUUUUUGUUGAUACACUUCAGUGAUUAAAGUGAAAGUUAAAAGAUUUUCUAUACUGUUUACAUACUGAAUGUUUGCCAUCACACGGUCAUUGGUGAGAAAUACUACCUAUAUAGGAGCUGAGACUCCACAAAAAAAAAUGUUUGGGCAAAGUUUAGCUGAGUCAGUGUGGUGUGCAGUUGAAAAAUCACCAGAUUAGGGAUUUGAAAUAGAAAUACCAGAGUAAAAAAAACAAAAACCUCUGAAAAAAACAUUUGUGCUUAUUUCAUUGGUUUGUGAUCAACUGACCAAAAUGUGAGCCAAACUAAACUCGCACGGAGCGACUGGCCCUGGUCCCAAGUUACUAUAGUAACCAGUGCUCUUGAAUUGAGAUAUGAAUGUAGGUAAAGUUUUUGCAUGGGGAACAGUGUGUGGUUGAAUGACAGACCUUCACUUUGACGCUGGGCCGCAGACAGUUUCACAUCCUCACUCAGCUGGACACGACUUCUUGUGAACUGUAAUAUCAAACAUUAGAAAAGUUAUUUAGUCGUGUGGUUUUCAAAGAGCAAGUGUUGGCUGAUGCCAAACGAUAAUCCCGUCUUUUUCUUCAGGAUGUCUUCUGGCCAACACACACAACUACACAGACUGAAGGGGUUUUUAAAUAAAUCUAUAUGCUUAUAGAAAAUGCAGCUGAAGUGUUGUCAUUAAAAGUUGAGCUGGGUUCAACUUCAUGCACUGCAGGUGUUUUGAUCCUGUCAGACACAAACCACAGCGCACAGAUCUUCCUCCCUCUCUUUCUGUCUGCAGUGUGAUCAUCAACAUUUGCACUUCAGCAGAGGCUUCAAAGCAAUUUUAGUUUUCUAGUGAUUUUAUUUUUAAUGCCAGAAUGUAAAAACAGAUGACAGCACAAUGUUGAGUUAAUUUAAUAUGGUUGUAACCAUGUGAUCAAUCAGGGCUAAACUGUGGUUUACAUUGGAUCAAUGUCACUGAAUGUCCCAUUAAAUACACCUUGCAAUUCAAA